ACUUCAAUUAGCGCUAUUAUCAGCUAGCAACAAUUGCACAGUAUAUCAAACCACAUUUUACAAAACUGUAACCAAGACAGGUUGUUGUGCAUACGAUCUUGCAAGACACCCACUCACUUUUGCAAGGGAACUUCCUGUUGGAAGCAAUACUGAAUUCCACAGUUAUCAAAUUAGUAUCCAUGGAGAUUAAUAUAAAACGAAUAGCUGUGGUAGAAUAUAUAAAGGUGUAGAGGAGAGAGUGAUUGAAAGAGCUAGUCAAGACUGCAAUACUACUUAGUCAGGAGCAGUCGCUUUGCAGCGUUAAUAGAUCUAUAUCAAGUUGCCUGAGCAAGACCAUUCAAGUCUGCAAAUUUUUCUCUACAGUUUGUUCAUCACCUGGCUUGAUGCUUAGCGUAAUGCAGUCACACGGGCAAGGUAUGCCUUACGAAGCUCCUCCACCUGCCUGCGUAUACUCAACUAGUCCCUACCAGCACUACCCUCCUCACUGCACAACUCAAGUACAUCUUCAGCAGAGCCCCAAUCAUCUUGGAUCACUACCGCUGCAGCCCAUGAGAAUAAAGGCCGAGCCUCACGGUCUGCAGGAUAUGGCCUACUCGUGUCUAGGGUCGAGCCAGUUUGUGUCCCCUUAUGUUGACACAACGGCUGGUAUCCCCCAGUCGACCAUGAUCAGUCUACAGCAGCAGCAAGGGCUUCAGUCUGGUUCCUACUAUGAGGCGUCUCUUCAACAGAUGGGAAUGCAUGGUGACCCUUCAAUGCAGCACACCACAAGGGCACAUCCUCAGACGGUCCAAUGGUUGCUUGAGAACUAUGAAACUGCUGAGGGAGUUAGUCUGCCCAGGAGCACUCUUUACAACCAUUACCUGAGGCAUUGUGCUGCGACUAAGAUUGACGCUGUCAAUGCAGCAAGUUUUGGGAAGCUUAUACGGUCCGUUUUUAUCGGACUGAAAACAAGAAGGCUUGGUACCAGGGGUAACUCUAAGUACCACUACUAUGGCAUCAGGAUAAAGCCUGACUCACCUCUGAGUACCUUCCCAACCGAUGAGGCUGAGAUGCCUACAGUUGCAAUGAGACAACCUUCUCAGUCUUCUGCAAGAGAGUAUGUGUCCAAUGACAGCCCGACUGAAGCAGGAGAUGGAAACACUCAGCCACAGGAUCUCACACCAGCACAACAGCAUCAGCAGUAUCUGGGGGAGACCAAGCCAGAGCUGACACCAUUCCCUGAGAUAGACUGGAAUGGAUUUUCUGUACCAGGCUCUAUUACACAAGAUGACAUCAGCGAAUUCACUGCCAUCUACAGAGAACAUUGUGAGGCUAUCUUGGACGUUGUGAUCAACCUCCAGUUCCAAAUGGUGGAGAAUCUGUGGCACCACUUUUGGGCCGACAGCAAGUCUUCAUCUCCACCUGCGGAUCUCUCUUUUGACGAGGACAAUGACCAUCAGCUCCCCAAGCAAAAGUUGGUCCUGUUAGCCAGCUGCCAGCCUGUGGUGGCCUAUCUUAAACACUGUGACCACACUCUCUACCAGUGCAUUGUGGAUUAUCUCAUCCCAGAGGUCCUGCACCCAAUACCGGGGACACUCACUCAGGCAAUUCGAAACUUUGCCAAGAGUUUGGAAACUUCUCUCUCAGGCAGUCUGCAUGGAUAUCCAUCAAAAUUUGUCAAGGCCAAGAUUUGCUCAGUGGUUGCGUUCUCUCAAACUCUUCGCCGCUACACAUCUCUGAACCACCUCGCUCAAGCAGCCAGGGCAGUCCUCCAAAACCCUUCCCAAAUUAGUCAGAUGCUCGCAGACCUCAACAGGGUUGACUUCGUUAAUAUUCAGGAACAAGCUUCGUGGGUGUGUGAGUGUAAAGAAUCUCUAGUGGUACAGUUGGAGCAGGACUUUAAAACGACUCUGCAGCAACAACAGUCUUUAGAGCAGUGGGCUGUUUGGCUGGAGGACGUUGUCAAUACUGUACUAGAGCCGUACAGUGGGAGACAGGAAUUCGACAAAGCUGCCAGAGAGUUUCUACUCAAAUGGUCAUUCUAUAGCUCCAUGGUGAUCCGUGAUCUGACGCUUCGCAGUGCUGCUAGUUUUGGCUCUUUCCAUCUAAUUCGUCUGCUCUAUGAUGAAUACAUGUUCUUCCUUAUUGAGCACAAAGUAGCUAAGGCUACUGGAAGGACACCGAUUGCUGUUAUGUCAGAGUUUUCAGGCCAUUCUAAGAGGGUCUUGGCAGCCAGUGAGAGUGUGAUGUCUUCAGACAUUCAUCAAGAUGCAGACGAUGAAGACUCUCCUCCAUCCAACAAGAGGCAGAAGUUACAGUGACAAAGUGCCCUCAGUGGUUAACUGAACUCAUCCAAAACUACAUAAUAAUUAUCCACCUAUAAUUAUGUUAGAAUAUGUAUUAGCCGCACUUUUAUAUAAUCUUAUAUCUUAUUUAGGUUUCAUAAGUACAGUGAGCAUUAUUAUUUUAUCAUUCAUACAAAGAUUUAUUGUUAUAACUUG